AUGUCUUGUGGCGCAAAAAACCGGGAGCGCAAAGCUAUGGCAUGUGUACACGGCGCGGGCUCCUUGGAACACAAAAGAAGGCAUUUAGUGCAUGACCACGACUGUUCUUCUGAAGAUGAAUGUGCACACGGAGCGGCCAGCUUUGACCGGCCAAGCUUGGAUGCCUGUUCAUUUGAUUACGAAGAAGAGUCCAUGGACCCCGUCCAACCUUUCCUUGCCCGGCACAGCAAAACAGCACCCACUGAGCUCAUAAUCAUUGGCAGUACGUCUUCUUAUGGGGGCUUUUCCUAUUCCGGUGAUAUUUCCUCCUUUGGAGAGGCAUUAUGCUCAGAGCCAAUGGACCAUGAACAAUGGCUUGCUAUUGCACAGUGCUCAAAUACGAUUUUGUCGAUGUUACUUGCAAGCGGAAGCAAGUUUUUUUCGCCGCCAUCCAUAUAUGCUACAUUUUCUAUUCCAGAUGGUCUUCUUUCCGUGGAGCGGGUUCUUGUCCUCAUCAUUAAUAGCGGAACCGAGGUGAAUGAUCUGAACUCGAUGACCAGCGGGAAAAUCCUCAACAUUCAUCUUCAGCGCGAAUAUGAAGAUCUUGCCCUAGUCAAGUCCACCCCAAGUACCGCCUAUUGCGAAUCUAUCGCAAGUGGUCAGUUAAUUUCCAGUAAUACCCUAGUCUGUAGUGUCAAACGACUGGUUGAUAAUGACCGAGGUAUCAAUACUAGUAGCUUUGCAGGGUCUUCUCUGAGCCACAAGUUUGACUUGAGCUCCCCUUUGCUAACCCAAGUCAUAAAUGCACCUUCACUCACUAUACUCGCUCCACUCAGUCCACUCAGUCCACUCACUCCACCUGCUAAGCCACUGUAUAUAUUAAAAGAAGGAGCGCAUUUUUUGUCUACAUGUACUACAGAAAUGCAGGGCUGCAUCUCUAAAGGUACCGCUGUUAAACGAAAGCGGAGUUCAAGAUGCUUCCCAGCCGGAUGA